UGGCCCACGUGACCCGCCGGGGGGCGGGCGCAGGGAGAGGGGGCGCGCCGGCCUCCCGCGGUGCCCGUGCCAGGCUGGGAGCCCGAGGUGGGCAGAGCCGCCUGGGGGACGACGAGCCGUGAGCCUCCUCCAGCCUGCGGGCCCCCGCGGAGCCGCGGGAGAAAUGUUGCUGAAGUGCUGCUGAAAGGGCCAGAGAUGCAAGGAUUUGGGACCCAUUUUGAACCUUUAAGCUGUCUGACAUUGACCUCCUUUCAUUAUUAAUAAAGAAGAAGCAGGAGCUUAGGGUGUAUUAACACCACUCAUUAAUGUACUAACCGGACAAUGGUCUGCAAACUCCUCUGCAUGAGAAAGAACUGGAUUGGCACAAAAUAAUUUCUGUUUUACUCAGCUUAUAAUAUGCCUCAAUGGAGGAAAAUUUGAUAAGCAUGAGGGAAGACCAUUCUUUUCAUGUUCGUUACAGAAUGGAAGCUUCUUGCCUUGAGCUGGCCUUGGAAGGGGAGCGUCUGUGUAAAUCGGGAGACUGCCGCGCUGGCGUGUCGUUUUUUGAAGCUGCAGUGCAAGUUGGAACUGAAGACCUCAAAACCCUUAGUGCUAUUUACAGCCAGCUGGGCAAUGCUUACUUCUACCUGCAUGAUUACGCCAAAGCCCUGGAAUACCACCACCAUGAUUUAACUCUUGCAAGGACUAUUGGAGACCAGCUGGGGGAAGCCAAAGCUAGUGGCAAUCUGGGAAACACCUUAAAAGUGCUUGGAAAUUUUGAUGAAGCUAUAGUUUGUUGUCAGCGACACCUAGAUAUUUCCAGAGAACUCAAUGACAAGGUGGGUGAAGCAAGAGCGCUCUACAAUCUUGGAAAUGUAUAUCAUGCCAAAGGGAAAAGCUUUGGUUGCCCUAGUCCUCAGGAUGUAGGGGAAUUUCCAGAAGAAGUGAGAAAUGCACUACAGGCAGCCGUGGACCUCUAUGAGGAGAACCUGUCACUGGUAGCUGCCUUGGGUGACCGAGCAGCGCAGGGACGAGCCUUUGGAAACCUGGGCAACACACAUUACCUCCUCGGCAACUUCAGAGAUGCUGUCAUUGCUCACGAGCAGCGGCUCCUUAUUGCAAAAGAGUUUGGAGAUAAAGCAGCUGAAAGAAGAGCAUAUAGCAACCUUGGAAAUGCAUACGUAUUUCUUGGGGAAUUUGAAACUGCUUCUGAAUACUACAAAAAGACUCUGUUGUUGGCGCGACAGCGUAAAGACCGAGCCGCAGAAGCGCAGUCUUGCUACAGCCUUGGAAACACGUACGCGUUACUUCAGGACUAUGAGAAAGCCAUUGACUAUCACCUGAAGCACUUAGCGAUGGCCCAAGAGCUAAAGGAUAGAAUUGGCGAAGGAAGAGCAUGUUGGAGCUUAGGAAAUGCAUACAUAGCUCUAGGAAAUCAUGAUCAAGCUUUGCAUUUUGCCGAAAAGCACUUGGAAAUUUCAAAAGAGGUUGGGGAUAAAAGUGGUGAGCUAACAGCCCGACUGAAUCUCUCAGAUCUUCAGAUGGUUCUUGGUAUGAGCUACAGCACAAAUAAUUCCAUGAUGUCUGAAAAUAUUGAAAUUGAUAGCAGUAUAAAUGGUGCACGCCCCAAGUUGGGACGGCGACUCAGUAUGGAAAAUAUGGAGCUUAUGAAGUUAACACCAGAAAAGGUACCAAAUUGGAACAGUGAAAUUCUUGCUAAACAAAAGCCUCUUUUUGCCAAACCUUCUGCAAAGCUACUGUUUGUCAACAGAUUGAAAGGGAAAAAAUAUAAAUCCAGUACCUCCACCAAAGUCCUCCAAGACGCCAGUAAUUCCAUUGACCACCGGAUUCCAAAUUCUCAAAGGAAAAUCAGUGCAGAAACCAUUGGAGAUGAAGGGUUCUUUGACCUGUUGAGGAGAUUUCAGAACAACAGGCUGGAUGAUCAGAGGUGCUGCUUACAAGAAAAUGCCUGCCCCACAGCCAAGGCGGCCUCCUCCACUCCCCGCAAAGCCACGACAAAAUCACCACCUGCUUCUGUGGUAUCCCCCAACACAGACGAGUUUUUAGAUCUUCUCGCCAGCUCACAGAGCCGCCGUCUGGAUGACCAGAGGGCCAGUUUCAGUCAUUUGCCAGGACUUCGUUUGACCAAAAACAACCACCAGUCAGUUCUUGAGCACCUAAUAACCAAGGACAAGAAGGAGCCUGAUGAAGAUUUCUUCGACAUCCUCAUCAAAUGCCAAGGGUCCCGGUUAGAUGAUCAAAGAUGCGCUCCACCACCUGCCGCCACCAAGGGUCCAACGGUACCAGACGAAGACUUUUUCAGCCUUAUUUUACGGUCUCAGGCUAAGAGGAUGGAUGAACAGAGAGUUCUGCUACAAAGAGAUCAAAACAGAGACAGUGCAUAUGAGCUAAAGGACCUUUUGCAAAGUAAUGCUUUGCUGGACCUUAAAAAUUCAGGAAAAUAAUUGACAAACCACUAGAUCAUAUGGUAUUUCUACAAUGACUUGAUUUCCACUCAGAACACUGCAGGGAAAUUCAAUCUUUUUUUCCUAAAAAGGAAAAUAUAAGCACUGUUGUGAUUUACUGACCCCGGCCUAAGACUUUGAAAGGUACUCCUGCGGGGUUUUGUUCCUGUUUCUCAAGAUCCGACACACGCAGCAGUUUGUGUGCUUCUAGCAUGUACACACUGACAUGCUUCUGGACACGUGUGUUUCAGGGUGCAGGUGUCCUAUGAGGUGCUCCAACUUUCUGCUUGGGACUAUUCUCUCGCAACCUGUUAGAUUCCUUGACUAGUGUUUAUAAAAUAGGAAUUUAAAUGAAUUCUAGACUGUAAUUCAACCUCUUAGUGAAUUUUUCAAAAUCUUGACAAUGACAUUUUUUAUACUUAACCAUGGAGUUAGUAGGAAAUUACUUGGCCAAUGUAAAAAGACAAAAAAUAGUUAUAAAAUUCUAGAUUGUUUUCUCUAAGAAAACUAUUUUCAAUAUAUUUUUAGGCCAAAGCCAAUGUAAAAGAAACUUUUACAAAAUAAACUACUUCUAACAUG